GAAACUAAUGCAUUGUGUAUACCUAUACUUAUGCACGGUAAUAUGGAAAGGAAGACUUAAACAAUGCAAGCUAUUCUUAGAUUUGUUUGAUAUUUUUACGGCAAACACUUUUUAGUGCCGCUGAAAGAAAAAUAGUUCUGUGAAAAGUUUUAUAAGCCAAGGAAUGCCUAGCGUCUAUGGACCCUCUAUAAUCGGUAUUUUCGCACAGCACAGGAACACAAGAACUUGGAAUCAAUUGGGAAUUUUAUCUACCUGUGUCUGUUUCUUACCGACUCCCUGCAGUAUAGGUAAUUCGCUACCCGUGAUCAAAUUUCACACUGUAUAAAAAUUCGGCAACUUCCCAAACGGCAACUCAUUCGACAGCUAACGAUGGAAACGAAAAGCAAACGAUACUUGAGACAUUUCGCACCAUCGGAAAAGUUCGAUGCGAUUCAAAGGGUUCGCAACGGAGAAACCAAGGCAUCGGUGGCGCGGGACAUCGGCGUACCCGAGUCUACCUUGCGAGGGUGGUGCAAUAAAGAGGAAAAAAUUCGCUAUGUGGUGACUAGCAGUCAAGCUGAACGGUUCAACGAGCCUGCCAGGAAACGUGUAAAACUGGAUCAAAUUGUGCCAGAAAACGACAACAGUUCUCUGGACAAUCUAAGCCAUAACCAACUUACGGCAAUAUACAGCGAACUUUAUCUCAAUCUAUAUUUAAUAGCACAGCUCCAAAACAACCACAACGGAGCAGCAAUGUUUGGGCAUGCCAUCGAUCGGAGUCCCAUCGCUCCCUGUUCUGAGCUGGACAACCAUGAUCAAGCGGGUUUCGAAAGCCACAACGUCCACUCAUCGGACAACAUGGAGGACUACCGUCACUUCAGACCAUGCUCGUCAUCGUCGAGUGUCGAUUCCGACCUGAAGCCGAACCAUGGUGGAGAGGAACAGCCGAAGGAACCGAAACCGGACGACGCCGUUGAGCACGACGAAAAGCUACUUGAGUGGAUGAAACUGUUCGCCCAUCCGGACGUAACCUCGACACAGAUGAUGCAGUUAAAAUGUUUAAUCAGCGAGACCCAACUGGGUACCGAGCAGAAGCAGCUGGAACAGCCGGAUGUUACAAGCACAGAAGAGGAAGCCAUUGGGGCCAGAAGAAGUCGAAAGCAGAUGAGGCCUUUCCGCCGUUGUCAGCCAGCGACAAAUACUUCCGCGUUUUUGGAAGUACCAAGUGUACCGGAAUCGGAUACUGCAGGAGGCGAUUCUAAAGAUAUGUGAUAUCUAAAUAUUGCAUAAAAAUGACUGAUGCUUGUAUGGUAAUCGUUUGAGUAUCAUCAGGGCAUCUGCGAUAUUCUAAAAUCCGAAAUAUAUUUGAA